AUCAGUCAGCUGAGGGGGAAUGUAAAGAGCUUUGCUGGAAGUGUGUCUGCUCUCCAGUUGCUUCCUUUAGCCUCCACUUCACAUUUUGGGACAGGAAAAACACCCUGCUUGCCUCUACCAGUGGGUAAAUAGCAAUGAUCAAAGAAAGCGCUCUCCUAAAUCCUGACUGAGCUUGCCUGAUUGUGUUUGCUCUGAGAGCAGACCGGGAAUGACAAAAGAAUUACUGAUAAAAUUAAGAGAAACAUGAGCUAUGGAGCUGAAAUAAAUAGUCAAGACUCCAACAAGAACAACGGGAGUAAAAUGUCAGCGCUACAGAAACUGGAGAAUCUUGCAGGGCGGAUCUUUUACUGGGGGCCAUGGAGUGAUGCAGGAGCACCAAGCUCUGGAGAGGCUGUCUUUGAAUCAGAGCAUACUGCUGCCUGGAAUAAGCAAAUGAAGGAGUUUCUUGCAAAAGCCAAAGAAGAAUUCCUUAAGAAAUGGGAGAAUCCAUCACAGAACACAUCCAGUUUGGAUCAUUUCGACCGGCUCAAGACCCUGGGUACAGGCUCUUUCGGGCGGGUGAUGCUUGUGAAGCACAAGGACUCUGGAAAUUAUUUUGCCAUGAAAAUCCUUGAUAAGCAGAAAGUUGUUAAACUGAAGCAGAUUGAGCACACCCUCAAUGAAAAACGCAUUCUUCAGGCUGUGAACUUCCCAUUCCUUGUCAGGCUAGAGUAUUCUUUCAAGGAUAAUACAAAUCUGUACAUGGUGAUGGAAUACAUCCCAGGUGGUGAGAUGUUCUCCCAUCUACGACGGAUUGGCAGGUUCAGUGAACCUCAUGCCCGGUUCUAUGCCGCUCAGAUUGUGUUGACUUUUGAGUACCUGCACUCACUAGAUCUUAUCUACCGAGACUUGAAGCCUGAAAAUCUCCUCAUUGACCAGCAGGGCUAUAUUGAGGUCACGGAUUUUGGCUUUGCCAAACGAGUGAAAGGCCGAACAUGGACCCUUUGCGGGACUCCAGAAUAUUUGGCUCCUGAAAUCAUUUUGAGUAAGGGUUAUAACAAAGCAGUGGAUUGGUGGGCUCUUGGUGUCCUCAUCUACGAGAUGGCAGCUGGCUAUCCUCCAUUCUUUGCAGACCAGCCCAUUCAAAUCUAUGAGAAAAUUGUCUCUGGGAAGGUCCGCUUCCCAUCCCACUUCAGCUCAGAUCUGAAGGACCUGUUGCGUAACCUGCUACAGGUAGACCUCACCAAACGCUUCGGCAACCUCAAAAACGGAGUCAACGACAUCAAGAAUCACAAGUGGUUUGCAACCACCGAUUGGAUUGCCAUCUACCAACGGAAGGUGGAAGCUCCUUUUAUACCAAAGUGCAAAGGACCUGGCGACACAAGUAACUUUGAUGACUAUGAGGAAGAGGAGAUCCGGGUGUCCAUCACUGAAAAAUGCGUCAAAGAGUUUUCAGAAUUUUAGGGCCAGCCCCCUUUGCUUUGUGUGCCCAGGAAAAGAAAGGGCUGGAUUUGAUCAGCCUCAAGGGCCAGAGUUCCUUGCCUAUUUGUUAAUUUUGGGAGGUGGGAGAGUGUUGGGGUUCACCUGGAUCUGUUUGG